CUUGACCAGUAUUAUCAAACAUAAGAGAUACUCAUUCUUCAUAAAAACAUGUGCCAAAGCAUUUAUGUACUUGCAAACACAUUGCAGAGCACUGUUUUUGUCCUAUAAGACGUAUAUGAAGACAAAAGAACAUGCUGAAGGAGAAGGAUUUUCAGAGCAAGUGGGAAAAAGAGCAAAGUAAGGAUCAAGUGAGGCAGAGAAUGAGAGUCUAGUUAAUAAUUUGUCAGCGACUGUGGUGGAUCUAGCCAGCGUGUUGACAACGGGCCCAGUGUUCUCUGGGUCCGCUGAUGGAGAUUAGAGCUGGACUCAUCCAACCAUUCACGGAGGGGAGAGAGAAAGAGCGAGCAAGACGAACAUGAGGGGUCUAGUGGGAACGGGGGGGUUUGGAUGCAACACAAAUGGAAGUUCAACAGAACAAGGCAGUGAGUCCACAGGGAAUCAGGCUAGAACAGCAUUCUGGGAGCUCUCAGCACUAGCUUUCAGCACUCCCCAAAACGCUCAUACACUCUAUACUGCUUCCAAAUGCAACUGUGCACCUUUUCUGACGUUGGUAAGCUGAUGCUUUUUGGAACAGUUUCAUCAUGCAUCUGUUUUUUUCUAAAAAUACAAUCCUACGCAACACAACAAGCUGUAAACCUGAGCAAUAGCGGCAGCAGAACAUUCUUACGCAAGCUGUAAAAUCUCAGGCGUAAACUAGACACAGGGGAACAAACCAAACACACAUGAUGUUGACAGAGUAAUUAUCUGCUGAUAGGACAUGCAGACUCAUAACCGGUCACAUCUCCGUUCCCUGAAAGUAGGUACAUUCAACCCAUGAUAUCAGCUGUCCAAACACGCUCUGGCUACCCUUGUACGGCCCUGAGGCCAUCAGCGUCCACCCACGCAUGUCUUUUUUGCCCUCUCUGUGCAAAUCACUAGAUCUGUAUGCCUCUAUCACUCAAUUCCUUAAUCAGAUUAUAUGAAUAUGUUCAGCUCAUAAUUGUGCAAUAACCUUCUUUACAUUGUGUAUUUUUGUUUGUUUAUCGGAACAAACAGUAACAGCAUGCUUUUGCGUUCGUUAAUCACUUCUUUAAUGAGUACUCUUGAACAUUGUGCAAGCAGGGCACAUCAGGACGCAUGCUAAGAUGCACCCUCAACCCACGUUCACUGCAUGCUGUUUGCACUGUUCUGCCACCUAGUGGCUUCCUGUGAUGAAACAAGUGUGUGGUACAAGAUGGUACGUGAAAGGUCAGUGCUUAUUACUGUUAAAUGAUUUGUAUGCAAACUAGACAGUCUUUCAAAGUACAUACUACAGUAAAUGCGUACCCCUUUUAAAACUUUUUAAAAGCCAAUGGAGGAAAUAAAAGUCUGACUAAAGUGUAAUUGUAUUCACUACAGAAAAAGAUCUGGUGUUAAGAAACCUGGUGUAUAAACCUGUGUAGCCUAGUUAUUAAGGACCUUGGUUGAUAAAAUUUUAAGUUCAAACUCUGCGAAGGGUUAUACCAUUAUGCUGUUGAGAAAGACACUUAAAAGCAUGCAUGCAUAAAAACAAACUAAAUUAACUUUACUAUGUUGACACCUUCUUUUGCACAUUUUAGUUACAAAAAUAUCUUUUAAAUUACUGCCACAGUAACAAUCUGUUGAACCACUAAAAGUUACCAAUUUUUUGCUGACACUGUAACGGACAUGUAAAAAGUCAUAAAAUUUAAAUUUACAGUGUGCUAUAAGUCACUCAACAAUUUUCAUAGUCAAAAUGGUGUAGCUACUGUAAAUGCCAAGAUAUACUAUUUGACUGAGUAUGUAGCUUGUUAGGAGGAAAAAACAACAACAAAGAAACAUUUCUCUGCCAGUUUGAAUGAAUCAACUAUAAACGUCCAUGUUUAAUGCAGCCUCAGAGCAUAAAACAAACUGCAAAUGUGCAGCUUCAUAAUAACUCACUCACACCAACGCACACGCACACACCCGCUCAUCACCACCUACGCAUGCAGGAAGAGGGAAGGUGGAAGAUCCACCUACGCAUGUUUAAAACACACCCAUGCAGUGCACUCGAGGAAGGUCGUCCAACUGGGCAACAUACAAAAUACCCCUAUACAUCUACAUCUGAACAUCAAAGCAAAAACAAACUGAAAGGGAAAACAUUUUUAUAUCAUACGUAUAGAUAUGACCUUCUUUUCUUAAAAAAAAAAAAAAGAGAAAGCAUACGUGCAAACUAAAGAAGAGAGAAAGCAAGAGCAAAGGAUCAAAGGUAGCAAAAAGCUUUGAGGCAGAUAAAAAAAAACAGGAUAAGAUGCUUGUGUGCCUUUACUGGUUGAUGUCAAGAUCUCGAGGGAGAUAAAGAAGUUUUUUCUUUCUUUCCUUUUUUCCUUUGACUUAGAGAAAACCUUGAUUAUAAUCAUCAAUUAAAACAUCAUUUAGACCUCUGCUGGUUAGUGACAUAAGAGAUAUAAUGAUUAAGGUUGGCAAAAGCAAGAGACUAGAAAUCAGCUAUAAUGUGUCUGAAAGGUUUUAAAAUGUCAUAUCAAGCUGCAAGUGAGCUUGUUCUAUUUAUAUGGAACAGAAAUAUGUCUAGCGAAUGGAUCUCUCAAAUGUUUCUCAUUUAACAUAAAUUAACUAUUUAUGUUAUUCAUAAUUGAAAGAUGAACUCUGCUUAUGUACUGUAUUUACUCUGUAUUUACUGUAUUUUUAAUAAUUAGUAGGCAAAUAAUAAUUAAGAUUAAUCUAUUCAUCAUUUGGAUUCAGUCCAUUCAACUACAUUAAUCCUGUGUGAGAUUUACAAAAUAACAUAUAAGCAAAAACUAACACCAAUGACAAUGUAAGAGAAAAAUGCUACGAGCCCCACUUCAAAUGUAUGCAAAGCACUUGUAAACAUGUGGCUGGGACUGGAAUUCAAUAUAAGUUCAUUUUAACAAGUCAAAAGUGCAUGCAAAUAUCUGACCGAUAGAUUUGACAUUAAACAUCUGAUGUUACACUUAUGCAAAUCCAUUAAACGCCCACAGUAUUAAGUAGAUUGUGUAUGUGACAUUACAUAACUUGCAAAUACAAUAGAGACAGAAUAGAAAUCUGUAUCGUAAUAUUUAAUAAUAUUCUAAAGAGUUUAAGGUCACAAAAUCAAUUAUAUAAAAUCUCUGAUAUAGGUAUGUUUAAAAUAAAUCUUAAAAAAAUACAUUAAAUAUUAAAAUGGAUAGGACAUAUAUUAAGUCAUUUGAAAACUUAAUUAUUUAAAUGGGUUGGACAGAUAUUAAGUCAUUUGAAAACAUAAAUACUUCCUUAGUUUUUGCUGUCUUUCAAUGUUUAAUUCGCUACUCAUGCAUCACUCAUGCCAAAAUCCAUCAUGAAGCACUUUCUAUCAAAUCCACAAACAAAUACUAUGGAAAUUUUUGUAUGAAUGCAUUGUGCAAGCCACUUUUCAACUGUCUAUUCAACACACAUUUUUCCAAACAAAUAUUUUGUACAUCUCUUUUCUGUGCUUGUGUUCUGUCCCUGCACUACACAAAGUGUUUCUGAACAUACAAGUUCUGUGAUUGGGAAAUAACACCCUGUUUGGUAGCAAAAACAAUUUUCCUUUGGCUCAUAUUUUAUUGAAGUACACAGACAAUAACUUUCUACCCAAUGCAUAAGAAACUCCUCUGACCUAAACAGUUAUUGAAUCGCUUUGCACUAAAAAGCAGCAAGACAGAGCUCAAAUGAAGAAAGCAAAAAAGAAAGGAUUUUUUUUUAAGUUUAACUUGAUAAUGUCUUAAAAACACAGCACUGAAAGAAAAACUAUGAGAGGAGAUGCAACUGGAAAGGACCGGCAAUUAACAAAGUAGCACAGAGUGAACAACCUGUGUGAACAAUCCCAUACUUUAAAGCUUUACUCUGUGAAUUAUCAAUGUCAUUUAAAACGUGCUUGAACGUUGAGGUGAGACCAGAACAUUUCCAUGUGAAGCCGGAAUGAAACUUGAUGUAAACCCUUAAUUUACUUGCAAAGCACAUGCAAGCUGAUCACAGAAGUGUGGGGUGGGGCGUAUUACUCACAUACUCAUGUACGUGUUGUCAGUUGACCAUCUAACUAUCAUAAUCACUCGCCAUUAAGAGAAUCACAACACAUCAAAACAAGAAGAGCCUAAGCAAUACUGAGAAUGGCUAAGGUGUGGACACUUCUGUUGCUCUGCGGUAUUCUGGGGUCUGGACUCAGCGAGAAUCCAUCAUGGUUUGAGAACAUCUCAACAAAUCUUUUCAAAUCCCCUGGAGAUAUUCUGAUAGGAGGACUUUUCCCUAUUAACGAUCUCACCAGUGAACUGAGCCAACGGGUAAAGCCUGACGAUCUUGAGUGCAACAGUAUAAGCACAUUUGGUCUGUCUCUCUCAUUGGUGAUGAAGUUCUCUGUGGAUGAGAUCAAUUCCUUAGAGGAUCUUCUACCUGGAAUCACACUAGGAUUUGAAAAUUACGACACCUGCAUGCAACCAGCCGUUGUCAUGAAGCCCGUCCUCCAGUUUCUCACAAAGGAAUCAACAGAGGAACUGGACAUCUCCUGUAACUACACUGACUACAAGACUCGUGUUAUAGCUAUCAUAGGCCCGAACAACUCAGAGUUGGUUCCGGUCAUUGGCAAGCUGAUUGGGUUUUUUCUGAUGCCACUGAUUAGCUAUGGUGCCACCAGCGACAUGUUCAGCGACAAAGAGACCUUCCCGUCCUUCAUGCGCACAGUUCCCAGUGAUCGCUGGCAGGUUGCGGCCAUGGUGCAGCUUCUGAAAGAGUUUGGGUGGAACUGGGUGUCAAUAGUAGGUAGUGAUGAUGAAUACGGACAGAAGGGUCAGCAGCAGUUUUCCAGCAUGGCCAAUGAGGAGUCCAUCUGUGUGGCAUAUCAGGGUUUGAUUCCUGUAUACAGUGAUCCAGUGCCAACGAUAAAAGAGAUUCUUAAUCGAAUUGUGGACGCCAAAGUGGGAGUGGUGGUGGUCUUCUCUCUCCCCAAGCCAGCCAGAGACUUCUUCAUAGAGGUAAUCAAACGCAACAUAACAGCCGUUUGGGUGGCAAGCACAGCAUGGUCUCUGAGCGAUGGUGUAUCCACCCUGCCCGGCAUCAAUUCAAUAGGCACAGUACUGGCGUUUGCCGACAUCACCAGACCUCUUCACCUAUUCAAUCCCUAUAUCCGUGAGCUCUUCAAAAUAAUGGAGGAGACACAAAUCCCCCAGGAGCCAGAUACAGAAAUCUCCCCUCUGGACAACCCUUGCCCAAGCUGCAGCUUCCUAAGCCAAGCCAACGUGAGCAUGGUAGAGGUAAAACUUGUGGAGCGGUCAGCUUUCAGUGUGUAUACUGCCAUCUACUGUGUUGCAUAUGCACUGCAUGACUUGCUUGGAUGCAAUGCCACCAGCUGUGCUCUAAAUCCCAAGACUGACCAAGUAUAUCCUUGGCAGCUGUUACAGAAACUCCAAAAAGUUUCUGUAGAUCUAGAGGGAGUCAAUUUUAAGUUUGAUAAAGAGGGUAAUCCAAACUUUGGCUACGAUUUUAUGCAAUGGAUCCUUAAUGACACCACUGUGCAAUUUGAUGGAAUUGGAUACUUUUAUCAGAAUCUCACAAUUGAUAAAGAAGACAUAAUAUGGCACACGAAAAAUGGGAAGGUGCCAUUGUCCACUUGCUCCUCAGACUGUGGGAUAGGACAAGUGCGCAGAGUUAAAGGCUUCCACUCCUGCUGUUUCGACUGCAUUGACUGCAAGGAGGGAACGUACCUAAACAGCUCAGAUGACAUCCAGUGUAGAGCAUGUCCCACUGGCCAGUGGUCCACCCUACGAAGCACAAGCUGUGUCUAUCCCAUCUAUACGUACCUGGACUGGAGCAACUAUGAGUCAAUCGGACUCAUUCUGGGAGGAAUUUUGGUGCUUGCAUCACAUGUAUGGGUAGGGGCUCUAUUUUUCAUGCACAGAGGAACUCCACUGGUGAAAACUGCAGGUGGACCGUUGACUGUCCUUACCCUGUUGAGCCUAGCGGGAGAAUGUAUAAGCCUGGUGCUGUUCCUGGGUCAGCCGGGAGACAUUGUGUGCCGUCUGCAGGAGCCACUAAACGCCUUUUUUCCGACUGUGGCCCUCUCAGUCAUUCUGACCAUUUCCCUUCAGAUUGUGUGCGUCACAGAGUUUCCUGAAAAGUCUCCCGAUCACCUGGAGAACCUACGAGGACGAGGAAGCUUGUUUGUGAUUCUGGGAUGUUGCGGGCUCCAGGCGGGACUAUGUGGUUGGUACGCCCGAGAAGGUCCCUCCCUGACCCAAUACGUGGCCAGUUUGGAGGUGAACUAUGUGAAAACGUUUCUGCGUUGCCCAGUGGAGCCCAUGUUAAACUUCGGCUUGAUGCUUGGUUUCAAUGUUCUUCUGGCACUGAUAUCAUUCAUGUCCACCUUCAUGGCUCUCAAGCCACCAGGACAGUACAACCUGGCCAGAGAUAUCACCAUCUCCACCUUGAGUUACUGUGUAGUGUGGGUGAUGUUCAUCCCCAUCUACACAAGUCUAAAUGAUAAAGAUAAGUCUAUUGCUCAAGUAGGAGUCAGUUUACUUAGUAACAUAGGACUGGUAGCGGCCUAUUUCUUCCCUAAAUGCCACCUGUUGGUCAAACACCCAGAACUCAACACAGAUGAUCACUUUCGUACAUUUUUAGAAGGGGUCCCACCAACACCACCUGAAGAAAGCUAGAAACAAUUGCUAAAUUAUUAAUAUUAUUGUUAUUAGUCUCUAUGUUAUGCCUGGUUGUGAUUGGCCAGUCGCUGUAGUUCGUGGUCAUAUAUUUUUGUAUAACGAUCCUAAUGAUCCUUUCUUUCUUAAGUCUCAUAUAAAACAUUUCAACGUCAAUCAAUUUUUAAUUUGGUAAGCAGUAUGCAGUCAUCUGCUAUAAUAUAUAUAUAUAUAUAUAUAUAUA